CAGAGGGUGCUGCUGGUUGUGCCUCCAUGAUGGGGGCAGGAGGGUUGGGGGCAUAUCCGUUCCCCCAGCCCCAAUCACCCUGUUGAGCCCUAGCCCAGGUCUUGCUUCCGGGGGGGCAGGGUGGUGGCAGGCAACGGCAGGGAUGUUCCCGGGGUUGCCUCACCCUGGGCAAACAGCCGGCAGAUAGCCCCGCCCUGGCACUACUCCCACGGUGUCAACACUGGGUAAGAGCUGCCCCCUGCGCCCCCUCGGGGACCUGGCUGGGGUUUAGGGGCAUUCAUCCCCAACCCCCUCCAGCUGUGUCCCAUUCACCCAAGCUUGCCCUCCUGUUCCCCCCCACCUGCAACUGGCAACACUUGGGCACCCCCCUCCCCUUAAUCACAGGUGGGUGCAGACCCCCACACCUCCUUGAGGCAGCCCCCCCCCCACACACACACAGUUGGGCAAUAGGUCCAGCUCAGGCCCUGUCUGGCACCUGCAACAUAAGUAAGUGCAAACCCCACCCCAUAUCCUGCCCCCCCGCAAGCAAUGCCCUUUUGCCCUUCCUUUGCCGCCUGCCCUUUGGCGUCAGCACCGCCCAGCACCCCCGGUACGCAGGCAUGGCAGGCGGGGCCAGGCCGGUUUCGCAAGCCAGGAGCACCCAGUGACAUCGCUGGAGUAGGUGCCGCUCCGGGAGGGGCCUAGGAAACUGGCUCCAGGCACGGAGCAGGGCGCAGACCAGCCAGCCGCUCCCUGUGCCGGGAUUUGCCUCUGCAGGCCGGCCGUACUGCCAUGCAGCUGCUGUGGACGGCUUUGGGCAUAGUGGCUGGAUUCACUGUCAUCUUCAGCUUCCUGCCCCAGCUGGACCCCAAAGUGCUGACCCUAAAGUCCCUCCCUGUGCUAGCCCAUAGGGUCAUCCAUGAGCACCCCACAGAGGACAACACGACAGCGGCCGAGCUGUUCUCCAAGGUGCGCAUCCUGUGCUGGGUGAUGACGGCGCCCCAGAGCCUGGAGACCAAAGCGCGGCACGUGCGGGCCACAUGGGCACGGCGCUGCAAUGUGGUGCUGUUCAUGAGCUCGCAGGCUGACGCCGCCUUCCCGGCCGUGGGGCUGGGCACCCGCGAGGGUCGCGACCAGCUGUACUGGAAAACCAUCCGGGCCUUCCAGCACGUGCACCAGCACUACCUGGCCCAGGCCGACUGGUUCCUCAAAGCCGACGAUGACACCUUUGUGGCUGUGGACAACCUGCGCUGGCUGCUGUCCGCCCAUGCGCCCGACCGCCCCAUCUACUUCGGCAAGCGUUUCCGGCCCUUCGUGGCACAGGGCUACAUGAGCGGCGGGGCCGGCUACGUGCUGAGCCGCGAGGCCCUGCGCCGCUUUGUGGCCGGCUUCCAGACCCAGGUCUGCAGCCACACGAGCCCCGUGGAGGACCUGGCCCUGGGCCGGUGCAUGGAAAAGAUGGGGGUGGAGGCUGGGGACUCCCGGGACGCCACAGGCCAAGAGACCUUCCACGCCUUCCCGCCCGAGCGGCACCUGCGUGGCGCCUUCCCCAAGGAUCCCUCCUACCUCAGCUACUCCUACUACCCCGUGCUGGGGGGCCCACAGAGCUGCUCAGACCUGACCAUCUCCUUCCAUUACGUGAGCCCGGAGCAGAUGUAUGAGCUGGAGUACUUCACGUGGCACCUCCGCGCCUAUGGCUACCGGCCCCGGAGGCAGCCGGUGCCUGCUGGGCAGACUCCCCUUGCCACCAAGGACCGUGUGCAGCUGAGCCAGCCGGAGCGUGGACGGACGCAGGGGUCUGGGGUUGGCCCCUUUGCCCGUGGUGCCAACCACAACCACGUGACUUAUCUCCCUCGUUCCUAGUACUGGGGCCUGGGGGGCUCGGCCGGUCCCUGCACCAUCCAGAUGCUACAUGGCCACGGCCCUCCCUCACUGCCCCCCACUUCCGGAGCAGA